UGAGCAUCAAGUGGGCAUACAUGGCCAGAUGCUGCACUGGAUGAGGGCAGGACCACAAACACAGGCACCUAAGAGAGUGCUUCCAACCCUGCAUCCAGGGCCCAGCCCCUUCCAGGCACAUCUUGCAAAGGGCACAGUGCCACCACUGGGACUGGCCGCAGGCUCUGCUGCCUGCCAACUGCCUAGCCCCUUCUCCUUCCUGCCUGCUGUCUCCCAUCCCUUCUUCCCUCACUGCCAGUUCCCUUUGUUUCUCUUUUCUUCCUUCCCUCACCUCUCAGCACUGCUGCACUCCUCUCCCUUCUCUUGCAGGUCAUAAUGUUCAUACUAUUCCUCUUCUGGCUUGUGCAAUGCAUCUGCCAUUACAUCAAUGUGUACCUGGCUGAGGACCUCAACCAGCAGAGGACUCAGGUGCUGCAGGGGUUGGCCCACAGGACCGUGGAGCAGAGUGUUGGGUCCUGGGAAGCCGUGCUCUGGACUGCUGUGCAGCAAUGCCUGUUCUGGGCCCUUGCUGGAGCCCUGGUGGUGCUUUUGGCACUCUACUGGUGGCUCAGGAAAAGGAUCCAUGAGAUGGACAACAGAAGGGACUCAGAGAGUGAAGAAAGUGAGGAAGAAAAUCCUGCUGAUAUUAAUACGAUCUGGAUCUUUUCAAGACGCUUCCAAUUGUCAGUGCCGAAGCUGGCUUCUAGGAGACGGGUGGUGCAGGAGCUGCUGAGUGACCUUCUCCAAGUCUCCCAUAAUCUCUUUUCAGACAGCUUCUUCCCGGUGCUGGAACCAAUCAUUGGGGUGGGCAGUGCCUGUGAAGGAUGGAGUCCCCAUAAGGAGGAGGAUGUUGUCUACUGCAUGUUUGUGCCCCUGAAGCCGCCCCGUGGGCAUGCCUUCCACCUGGAACCAGACUCCAUGGGGGGGAUGCCACAAACGAGCAGGCGCAUCCGCGUGGAGCUGGUGUGCACUUGCACCGGGGAGCAGCCUGACCAGAACAUGCUGUGCUUCCUCCACCACUCUGAGGAGGAGUUGAAGAGAAAUCAGGCGGCCAGCCUUCUACACACCCUCUGCACUGGCCCUUACCUAGAUGGGGAGAAAAUUGCCCUCUGGUUCCAGACGUUUGUGAUCUCAGCCUGGUCGAUGGUGCCUCAGUCCUGUCACUACAGCAUGAAGGUGCUUCCCUCCUGCCGCUCCUGCAAGAUGAAGCUGAUGAAACAUUCCGGGAGAAGCCUCUUUGUGGAGACGGUAUUUGGUGUGCAGCAAGGUGACUCGGACAUCUUCCUGAGCAGCCAGCCUACAGAGGCCCAACUCCCCCCAAGCACGACAUGGCUGGAGAGCUAUGCUGUGGCAGAGGCAAAGUUCUUCAGGCAUGUCGCCAUGCAGGCCCCACCCCGCAGCUGCCACCUCAAAUGCCUGAGGCUCUGUGCUCGCCUUCUGAAGGGCUCAGGCCUUUCUACUUAUGCCUUGAAAACCACGGUCAUGCACCUCCUGACCUUGAUCCCUCUGUCAGAAUGGCAGCACAAGUAUCUCCUGAUGCGGGUGGAUGACAUCAUGUGCUACCUGCGCUGUUGCCUAGAGGAGAAACGCCUCAAGCACUUCUUCUUUGACAAUGAGGACAUGCCCAAGGAGAUCUCCUUGCCCCCAGCCUUCCAAGAGGCACAGCCCCUGAACCUCUUCCAGCACCUGGCACAGGAUCCAGCUGCUCAGACUGAGGCAUUGAAGGAGUUUGAUGACCUGCAAUAUCACCUCUACUUUGGGUUCUGAAUGAGAGAACUGUAGAAUUGCAGAAUCAUAGAAUCAUAGUACUGUAGAAGAGUAGAAUUGCUAGGUUUAUAGGAGAAUACUUCCAAUAUCAUUCUAACCAUACUUUGACCUUUAGUUGAUGUAAAGUUUACAACAAAUGGUGUGUUUGAACAAACACUGUAUCUCUGAGCAUCUGUGCAUCACUUUGGCAUGGAAUGCGGCUGCUCAGCUACCCCAGAGUUGGAGAUUAUUUGGUAGAAGACCUGAGGCAGUGGGCUCUGGUUUCUCUGAUUCCCUGGCUACAGCUCCCAGGAACUGUCCAUGUUCCUGCACUGGGGAAAUAGGAAUAAUUGGUCACCCUCCACAGCUGUGCUCACUGCCAAGUGGCAUUUAAUGUUGCUGCCCUCCAGAAGCUCCUGCAAAUGCCCUUUUUGAGUGAGUCCAUUCCUCCUGUGAGCUUUACUGGGUACAAAGAUGGCAAUAAAUAAUAUAUUUGAGGAAACACUUCA